AUGGGAACAGCUGUUCGUGAUGAUGAAAUUUCUAAACUUGGAUAUUCAACUGGUUACGAUGUCUUACACAAUCGACGUGCUAAUAAAGGACUAGCAUUUUCCAUUGAAGAACGUCAAGCAUAUCGAAUUCGUGGUUUAUUACCUCCAAAUAUCUCAACACCUCAUCUUCAAGUUGAACGAAUUAUGGAAAACUUGCGAAAAAUGCCUGAUGAUUUAACACGAUAUUUAGCAUUAGGCUCAUUACAUGAUACUAAUGAAAAAUUAUUUUAUCGUGUCGCCGUAGAACAUACAAAAGAAAUUAUGCCACUUAUUUAUACACCAACUGUUGGUUUAGCCUGUCAAAAGUAUAGUUUAAUUUUUUUAAAACCAAAAGGUUUAUUUAUAUCAAUCUUUGACAAGGGUCAUAUUUACGAUAUUCUCUGCAAUUGGCCAGUGAACGAUGUUCGAGCUAUUGUUGUGACUGAUGGUGAACGUAUCUUAGGUUUAGGUGAUUUAGGUUGUAAUGGUAUGGGUAUACCUAUUGGUAAGUUAAGUUUAUAUACAGCAUUAGCUGGUGUACCACCAGAAUAUUGUUUGCCCAUAAUGCUUGAUAUUGGUACAAACAAUGAAAACAAUCUUAAUGAUAAAUAUUACGUGGGUUUGAGACAAAAACGUGUUCGAGGAAAAGAAUAUGAUGAAUUUAUUGAUGAAUUUAUGCAAGCUGUUGUGAAACGGUUUGGAGAACAAUGUUUAAUUCAAUUUGAAGAUUUUGCUAAUCAUAAUGCUUUUCGUUUACUUGAAAAAUAUCAUAAUACGUACUGUACAUUUAAUGACGACAUUCAAGGUACAGCCAGUGUCGCUGUUGCUGGAAUUCUUAGUGCAACUAGAGUCACUGGAAAAAAGUUAAGUGAUAAUACAUUUGUAUUUUAUGGAGCUGGUGAAGCAUCAAUAGGUAUUGCGGAUUUACUUGUUCUUGCUUUAGAACGUGAAGGAUUAUCGACAGAAGAAGCACGAAAAAAAAUUUUCUUAGUUGAUUCCAAAGGACUUAUUGUUAAGCCUAGUUUGUAUUUUUUUAUAAUAGGUGCUGCUGGUCAAGGUCCAGCAUUUACUCGUGACAUUCUUGAAUUGAUGGCUUCGAUUAAUGAACGUCCUGUUAUAUUUGCUUUAUCAAAUCCCACAUCCAAGGCUGAAUGUACAGCAUGUGAAGCAUAUGAAGCAACAAAAGGUCAAUGUAUAUUUGCUUCUGGUUCACCAUUUCCUAAUGUUGAAUAUAAUGGUAAAACAUUUGUACCUGGUCAAGGAAAUAAUUCUUAUAUAUUUCCUGGUGUUGGUCUUGCCAUUGUUACAUGUGCUAUUCGUCGUGUACCAAAUGAAUUAUUUUAUUUGGCUGCUAAAACACUUUCCGAACAAGUCACAGAAGAUGAUUUAUCAACUGGUCUUAUUUACCCACCGAUUGAAAAAAUUCGAGAAGUAUCAAGAAAAAUAGCAGUAGUAUUAGCUGAAUAUGCUUAUGAGAAAAAUUUGGCAGGACUUCAUCCAAAACCGAAAAAUUUAGAAAAAUUUAUUCACUCACAACAAUAUACAGUUGAAUAUGAAAAUGCGUUACCAUAUCCAUGGGAAGGACCAACUAACUUACCUUCGAAGUUGUAA